GCCACUGCUGCCGCCGCCAUGGCCCAGUACAAGGGCGCUGCGAGCGAGGCGGGCCGCGCCAUGCACCUGAUGAAGAAGCGGGAGAAGCAGCGUGAGCAGAUGGAGCAAAUGAAGCAGCGCAUCGCCGAGGAGAAUAUCAUGAAAUCCAAUAUUGACAAGAAGUUCUCGGCGCAUUACGAUGCUGUGGAAGCGGAGCUCAAGUCCAGCACCGUGGGUCUCGUGACCCUGAACGAUAUGAAGGCUAAGCAGGAGGCGCUGGUGAAGGAGCGCGAGAAGCAGCUGGCCAAGAAGGAACAGUCCAAGGAGCUGCAGCUGAAGCUGGAGAAGCUGCGAGAGAAGGAGCACAAAAAGGAGGCCAAACGCAAGAUUUCCAGCCUGUCCUUCACCCUGGAAGAGGAAGAAAAGGGAGCCAAGGAUGAAGAGGACAUGGUCAUGGAUGAGGAGAAGCUGGAAAAGGAAGAGGUCGCCACCAAGAAAAGGAAGUUGGGAAAGAACCCAGAUGUGGACACGAGCUUCCUGCCGGACCGAGACCGUGAGGAGGAAGAGAACCGGCUCCGAGAAGAGCUGCGGCGGGAGUGGGAAGCCAAGCAGGAGAAGAUCAAGAGUGAGGAGAUCGAGAUCACCUUCAGUUAUUGGGAUGGUUCCGGACACCGGCGGAUGGUCAAGAUGAAGAAAGGCAACACGAUGCAGCAGUUCCUGCAGAAGGCUCUGGAAAUUCUGCGCAAAGACUUCAGUGAGGUCAGGUCGGCUGGGGUGGAGCAGCUCAUGUACAUCAAGGAGGAUUUGAUCAUCCCUCACCACCUCAGUUUCUAUGACUUCAUCAUCACCAAGGCCAGAGGGAAAAGCGGGCCACUCUUCAAUUUCGACGUCCACGAUGACGUGCGGCUGCUCAGCGAUGCCACUGUGGAGAAGGAUGAGUCACACACGGGCAAGGUGGUACUGCGGAGCUGGUAUGAGAAGAACAAGCACAUCUUCCCAGCCAGCCGCUGGGAGCCCUACGACCCCGAGAAGAAGUGGGACAAGUACACGAUCCGGUGAACGCCGUGGAGGCAGCACGCCUGGGUUCUUCCAGGUUCAGCCCUGUGUCCCCAGGACCCGAGGCGUCUCCCUCUCCUGAGCCAAGGUGUGUGGGGAGCCCGGGACGGUGGUCACGGUCGCUGCUCAUCACCUGUCAUCUGCUGCUUUUUUCUUUUACAAUAAAGAAACUCAUGGCAGAGCCGGGGCACCUGCCCCGAGAGAAAGUGUAUUCUGUGUAAAAAACAACAACAACAAAAAAAAAGUGUGUAAUGGAGGUAAAAGUCCUGUGACAGAGAAUCCAUCGUUUGAGCCAGUUUAAAGUGUACACCAUUGAGCACAUUUAUAAGGUUGUGCAACUGUCACUGCUGUCUAGUUCCAGAACAUUUUCCUCACUCCAGGAUGAGGCCCCUGGCAACCCGGAUCUGCUUUCUGUCCUGUGGAUCGGCCUGUUCUGGAAGUUUCUGAGAAAUGGGGUCAUCUGGUGUUUGGCCUCGUGUCUGGUUGUGGGGAUUGGAAGGGACUGUGAGUGUGGUGGAAGGGGGGGAGCACUUCCUGGGAGCACACAUGUGGGUGCCAUCUGCUCCAGGCCCUCAGCUCCCUUCUGCCCCCCAGCAGCCCCUUCUCUAGGGGGUCACUGCUAUCCUGGGAGGGGGCUCCCAGCCCCCCUACCUUCCUCCCACAGCAAUGGAAACACCUCAGGUCCCAUCCCAGUUUCUCUUGCCAGGCCCAAGACUGGAGGCUGCUGGGAGUCACGGCCCUGGGCCACCCCCUACUCAGACCGCCCCAGGACUGGUCCCUUUUGCUGUCCCUGGAUGGAACCCGGUGGACUCCUGGCCCCUGCCCUCUGCCAUCCGGCAGACAGCUCACCCCUUUCCCCUUGGGGGACCUGAAGCAGGCAGGCCCCUGUGCUCCCCAGGAGAGAGGGACACCCCUGCUGGAGGGGAGCUGAGAACCCGAAUGGGACUUUUCUUGGGUUCCCAGGAGCCCCUGAUGUGAACCCCUUCCUGCCUUUUGAGAAGCCGCAAAAGAGCAGCCCUUUGGGAAACAUGCUCCUUGAGGACCCGUCUUGAACCUUGGCUGGAAGAAGAGCUGGUGCCUGGAAACAGCCCUCAGUCCCUGGGAGGAAACGGUUAGGGGGCCCGGCACCCAUCUAGAAGGCCAAGCUGGAGGAGCGUGGAAGGGGCAAGCUUCCUUCAGACCUGUUGGCAGGGCCAGGGCUGUCUUGCGCACCCGACCCCACAUGGGGAGGUCAGCGCCAGCCUGAGUUCCCACCAAGGAAGAAGGGCAGCAGUCUUCGAGCCCCAGGGGCCCUUCCUUGGGAACUUGGAUCCACACAAAUCUGGGGUUCACAGGACAGCUUGGGAGGCUUGGGGGCAAUACAUAAAACCCAAGGUGGCAAGACGUCGGGGCCUUCCUGGCAUGGAAUGAUGGGAGGUCAGCCAUUCCGACACAGGGGCGGGGCCUCCCAGGCCAGGGGAACAGCCAGUGCGAGGGCACUGAGGCAGGACUGAGGUUGGCCAGUGGGAGGUGAGCUUUUUGGGUGCCCCAAGCCUCGCCCACAGGCUGCUGUCACACCACCGUGGGGACUCCAGCCAGUCCGAGGUGCAGACGUGGUCUCACAGGGUCGGUU